AUGACAGUCAUCAGCAGAUCCAGACCUGACUCACAGCAGACGAUGACUGGCCUUGACGACGAGGAGUACGCGGAGAAAGGCCUUGUUGAGCCUCAGUAUAUGGGCACGCUGGCGGAUAAGCGUGAUAUGAAUGCUCUAGGUCGAGUGCAGGUUCUACGAAGAAACUUUCGGUUUAUUUCUAUUGUAGGAUUUGGAUGCACUUUGAUCUGCACAUGGGAAGUUAUCUUGACAUUGUUGGCGGCUGGCUUGACCGAUGGGGGUACCGCGGGCUUGAUAUGGGGGUUCAUCAGCGUCACAUUGGGGUUUACACUUGUCUACGCCAGCAUUGCUGAGAUGGCCUCGAUGGCUCCCACUGCUGGUGGACAGUACCAUUGGGUGUCGGAGUUCGCACCAAAGAGAGGACAAAAAUACCUCAGCUAUAUCACAGGAUGGCUUUCUGCAAUGGGGUGGCAAUGCGCCAUUGUAUCCAUCGCCUACCUUGCUGGCACAAUCAUUCAAGGCCUGAUCGUCUUAAACCAGCCAGACUAUAACUUCCAGCGAUGGCAUGGCACCAUGCUAGUAAUUGCCAUUUCGACAUUCUCAAUCUUAUUCAACACCUUCUUAGCCAAGAAUCUUCCCUUCGUGGAAGGACUGAUUUUGAUCAUUCAUGUUGUUGGUUUGUUCGCUAUCAUCAUCCCGUUGUGGGUACUCGCACCACGCAACAAUGCCCACGCAGUCUUCACCACGUUUAACAAUGGGGGCGGCUGGGAUAGCCCUGGGACGGCAACAAUGGUCGGCUUGUCCACUACCAUAACAUCCAUGCUUGGUUAUGAUUGCUCGGUUCAUAUGUCCGAAGAAAUUAAAGACGCAUCAGAGACACUCCCUAAGGCAAUGAUGUCCUCUGUCGCCGUUAAUGGCGUGUUGGGGUUCAUUAUGUUGAUCACACUGUGCUUCACCCUAGGCGAGGUCGACAGAGUCCUCGAUACCCCCACCAGAUUCCCAUUUAUCCAGAUAUUCUACAACACCACGGGUAGCAUCGCCGCGACAAACGCCAUGACUGCCGUGCUGGUGGUGACGCUGACCGCCAGCACAAUCACCGAAGUGGCGACGGCAUCGCGCCAGCUCUGGUCGUUUGCCCGGGACGAGGGGCUGCCCUUUUCGUCCUUUUUCGCAUAUGUCACACCAGGCUGGAACAUCCCCCUCAACUCCGUGAUGGUAUCUCUAGUUAUCACAGUACUACUAUCGAUGAUCAACAUCGGAUCAGAGGUCGCCCUGAAUGCCGUCAUCUCGCUCACCAUCACAUCCCUUUUAUCCGCUUAUAUCAUCUCGAUCGGGUGCGUAUUCUUAAAGCGCAUUCGGGGCGAGCCGCUCCCACACCACCGGUGGUCACUUGGGAAAUUUGGCAUGGCAGUGAAUCUUGGAGCGUUGGCGUUCCUGUGUCCGAUCUUUAUCUUUGCGUUUUUCCCUCUGUCGACGGAUGUUACGGCUGAAACAAUGAACUGGAGCGUGGCGAUGUAUGUUGGCAUCAUUGGAUCUGCGACUAUUUAUUAUUUGGUUCGGGGAAGACAUCAUUUUAUUCCGCCUGUGGCUUUGGUCCAGCGGGAUGAAAAUAGUUAG